AUGUGCCCCCUGGAUGCCCACCGUGUCCCCCAGAUGCCCACUGUGUCCCCCUAUGUGCCUGUGGUGUUCCCCGGGGUGCCCAUGGUGUCCUCCAGGUGCCUGCAGUGUCCCCUGUCUCAUGUGUCCCUUGGGAGCCCGUGGCUGAUCCAUACCAGGCUGAGCUGUGCCAGGCUAACCUAUAGGCUAAGCUAUGCUGGACCAACCUGUGCCAGGCUGAGCCGUGCCAGGCUGAGCUGUGCCAGGCUGAUCCAUGCCAGGCUGAGCUGUGCCAGGCUAACCUAUAGGCUAAGCUAUGCUGGACCAACCUGUGCCAGGCUGAUCCAUGCCAGGCUGAUCCAUGCCAGGCUAACCUAUGCUGGACCAACCUGUGCCAGGCUGAGCCGUGCCAGGCUGAUCCAUGCCAGGCUAACCUAUAGGCUAACCUAUGCUGGACCAACCUGUGCCAGGCUGAGCCGUGCCAGGCUGAGCCAUGCCAGGCUAACAUAUAGGCUAAGCUAUGCUGGACCAACCUGUGCCAGGCUGAUCCAUGCCAGGCUGAGCCGUGCCAGGCUGAGCCAUGCUAGGCUGAUCCAUGCCAGGCUAACCUAUAGGCUAAGCUAUGCUGGACCAACCUGUGCCAGGCUGAGCUGUGCCAGGCUGAUCCAUACCAGGCUAACCUAUAGGCUAACCUAUGCCGGACCAACCCGUGCCAGGCUGAGCCAUGCCAGGCUGAGCUGUGCCAGGCUGAGCCAUGCUGGACCAACCCGUGCCAGGCCGAUCCAUGCCAGGCUGAGCCAUGCCAGGCUAACCUAUGCUGGACCAACCCGUGCCAGGCUGAUCCAUGCCAGGCUGAGCCAUGCCAGGCUAACCUAUAGGCUAAGCUAUGCUGUACCAACCCGUGCCAGGCUGAGCCGUGCCAGGCUGCACCAUGCUAUUCCAUGCUAUGAGCCGGUCCAACGCGUUCUGUGCCGGUCCGGGCAGAUCGGAGCUGUUCCGUUCCGUGCCGUGUUACACCCAGCGCAGCCCCGGCCGCUCCGUGCGGUACCGGGCCGGACCGGAUCGUACCGUCCCGCACCGGGCCGUGCCCUCCAGCCGUGGGGAGGAACGGACCGGUGCCAGCCGUGUCCCGGAGCGGAGCUGCCGCCGCGCCCCAUCGCGCUCCGUUCCUGUUUUUCCCGUCACGGUUUGUUCUGAAUUAUGCAAAGGGGGAAAU